AUGACCUUGAACUUUAUCGCUCACAAGCAAGGCUCAGAGAAAAAACAUAGAUGUAAAAAAGGAUGGAAAUCACAUGGAGAAACAGAAUGCCCUUAUGCAAUCUGUGGUGGUCAGACUAACAAGGGGUUGGCCUGCAAAUUGAGCUCAUUGGUUCCGACUAAAUAUGGUCUGCAACGGAAGUACUGGGGAGGAACAUGUUCUCUUCCUGAACACUGCACUGGUUGUGACAAGUACUUUUACAACGAUGGACCAAAAUGCACAGCUUGUCCACAAAUCAAUAACUGCAUUGAAAUGCAUUGUGAAGAUUAUGCAUCCACAACAAUCUGCGCAAACUGUGAGGGCGUAGUCAGAGAUAUAAAAUAUCACAGAGCUUAUGUAAGAAGUACAGAUAAAAAGUCAUGUCAGCAGACAUGUUCAUGGCGGGCAGACAGCACAAGAUGUUUUCCAGGAGUCUGUGGAAACGAGCUUGCAGCAAAUUGUAUAUGUGAACCAGGAUUUUAUGGAAGGCACUGUGAAAGAUUAACUGAAUAUGUCACAGUAACUUACACCCUAUUAACUCUUCGAGACAGUAUUGAAAAGCUUGAUAAUCCAGAAUCAGACACCUUUCCGAAUGAUAACAGUCCUAUUGUAUGGACCAAUAAUGAGGAUUGGCAGAGAGCUGAGACCAGAUGGGACGCUAAAUUUACCAGAGGAGCAUCGAAGGAUCCUGGUCAUUUUGUUAGGGACUUCCGGUGUGGAAUCGUUUCUGCUUCAACAACAAUGGAUUAUUUUCCAAUGAAUGGUGGACGCAGACGAUCGGAGGUAUUUAGAGUUCAAGGGAUAUCUAGCACAUCUCCAUUUUUAUCUCCAUUAUCAUGUCAACACGAUUUCAGCUUUAACGACAUACUGGCCGAGCGUCAUUUUCAAACUGGAGACAGCAUGACUUUUACAAUAGAAGCGACAAAUGGGGGUUACGUACAAGUUGAGAACAGAGAGAAUGGGAUAGUCAAUACAUACAGUUUAGUUGGAAACACGAAGACAUUUCAGUAUGUCUUUAAGUGGGACUUCAUAAAUCCUUAUCAUUGCUUGGAAAGAUCAACUGGGAUCUGUCCCGAUCCUGUAACUGUACCCGAUUUAACUGAGAACCCCAGGGUAACAAUGAGAUGGGGUGGAUGGGAGGAUGAUCUUUCUCGUCUGAAGAAUUACCAGUAUGAAAUUCAUCACCUUACUAAGACUAACAACGGUCUAACGGAACUGACAAAAAUGGAUGACGGAAGCGGAGUUUUAUCUCUCGGUGAUUCAAGUAAAACUGUGGAAUUACCGGAGCAUGGAAUGUACUCUUUGCUAUUUACUGCUUAUGACAAGGCAGGAAAUAAGAAGACUGCAAGGCGUCUCAUUUUCUUAGAUGACAGAUCCGUUGUCUCCCAUGAUCCAACUAAGCAUACACGCGUCAUAACUGGGAGUGCUAACACGAACUACACGUGGAUAAUUCGUGAUACUAACACGGUUAUUUUGAAUUGGAACGGGCGUUUUCGGAAUGCACUUCACCAUGUAAACGGUUGGUUGACAAGGGUUGCUCCAUAUCAUGAUGUUGACAGAAGCUAUGAUGAUUAUACUGGGAAAAGAACCGUCAAUGCUAUUGAUAAUGUACAAGGUUGUGUGAACUUCAGAGUUGGAUAUUCCGUUUAUGACGGAUCCAAAGUAAAAGACUUCAAACCUCCAACAUCGGUUACGAGUAUUUUCUCUGAAUCUGAUACACUGGCACUCAACUGGUCCGACGGCGACAAGGCAGUCUUAACCGUAACUGCUUUUGAUAUUUUCAACAAAACACUGAGCGACACUUUAACUAUCUUUAGAGAUUCCACUCCUCCUGUCGUGGAAAACCUAUGGUUGACACGAGAGGACAGGCUUAACGUUAGUGUCCACAGGCUGGAAGAUUUCUCCAAAAUGACAAUCGAGUGGCUUGCGUAUGAUUAUCACAGCGGCGUAGACAGCAUAUAUUGGCGAUUGUUUGACAACUUUACGGGGGAGGAUAUUGUACAUGGUCAUGAACACAUUCCUGCACAAGGCUAUGCUACAGAUCUGGCGCACUGUCGUUCCUUGUAUAACAACUACAGCAGAGGACCAGACUGUUACCAGACCAAUCACAUGGGGGCUUACCACAGACACUUCCUAGUCAAACCAGAGAUUAAAACCGGGGAAGGAAAUGGUCUGGUUCUUGGGAAGGAGAGAGGCGUUCACGAUUAUGACUACUUCUUAGAAGUGAAUGCCACCAAUAAAGCGUUGUUAUCAACAGUUGUAAGAAAGAAGAUUACAAUUGAUAUAUCACCCCCACACACUGGAACUGUACAAGACGGAAUCAGGGGAACUGAUGAAGUUGACUUCCAACAAAGCAAGACACUGAACGCUCAUUGGGACGGCUUCUUUGACAAAGAGAGUGGUGUCUUGUUUUAUAUGUAUGGUAUUCAUACGGAACCAAUUCCAGCAAACGAAUUUCAGUUGAAUUCUGCAAAUUCUCUGCUGCACGAAACAUAUUCCCUGCAUGCUACCCAUACUGUGGCAACUGAGGGAACCUACUACGUUUGUGUUGUUGCAUUCAACCGAGCCCUGGAGCCUUCUAAACCCGUUUGCUCAGACGGAGUUACAGUGAAUACGGCCAAACAACGCAUCUCGGAAGUAGAUAUAAGUAGUGCCCAUGUUAAAGGAGGCCUCAUAACUGACUCAAGUCGACGACAGUACUGGGUAGUGGACAGUUACAGACGCCGAACGUUGAUCGAGAAUCCAACUUCAGAAUGCAUAAAUAAAGCAACACUAAUAUCGGUGACAGAUCUUGAUUUGCUACCAAUUACCCAUCAUAAAAAUGGAACCCAAAUGGUGACGAAUGGUUCCAUGAUUUGCUCCAAUACAUCCUCUGCGCCCACGUUACUGAGUCCUGUAUUAGCAAAAUCUUCACAUAUCAUUCUGUCCUGGUCCGCCAAUGAAACAAACAUCCAUGAUUAUGAGGUAGGGUUGGCCACAGUAGCAGGAAGCACAGCACCUGAUUUACUUUCCUUUAGAUCAACAAAACAACAUCGCCAUAUUCAUCUAAUGCACACUGAUCUACCCGAGGGACAGCCCUUCUAUAUUGUCUUCAAAACAAUAAGUAAAUCAAACGUAGAGGGAAUACAGUCAGUUGGUCCAUGUUUUGUCGACACAACUCCUCCAUUGUUUCAACCACCUAUUACUGUUGUACACAGAGACGGGUAUUUGUUGGCAUCUUGGAAGUCUGAAAGUUUUACUGACACCGAAGACCUGUUUCGUUUGACAUUUCAUUUCGCUUUAGGUCACACGCCUAGGGGAACACAGGUUCAGAAGUACUCACCACUAAUGAAAGGGCCUGGCUGUAAUCUAACAGAACCACCAACAUGUACAGCAGUCCCUUUAUCUGAAACAGAGUGGAAACUUCAUGGAAAUCAUACGUACUUUGUCACAAUAAAAGCAGAGAACGCAGCGGGUCUCAAUACAUUCGGUGUCUCAGAACCUUAUAUACACAAUGUGCAGCUACCGUCAACAGGAAUAGUCAUAGAUAUAGCCUGUAAUGGAUAUUACAUUUUCUUAACGUAAGGUAACUGUUUUCAGGAUAUUGAAGACAUAGAUUUCACAUCAGAAACUAAAAGUAUUGGUGCGAAAUGGACGGGAUUUUCACAUGUAUAUUUAGACGUAACGUACCAGUUUCGAGUUGGGAGCACUCCUGGCAGCAACGAUGUUGUUCCACCAAAAUUUGUUGGUCGUAAUGUAUCACAUAUAGAGACUGGCUUAUCACUGUUAUACUAUCAGAUCUACUUCGUCACUGUGACGGCUAUUUCGUCUGCUGGAAGAGUGGAAGUGACUUCAGAUGGAGUGACGGUAGUGAGAGAAAAUGAUACCUUGUCAGGAGUCCUGGUAUUUGAUGGAGAAAAAUGCAGCUCUAAUGAGGAUUCACAGAAUUUCACUUUGAAACAUCAUGAUUGGGAUAUUAUCGAAGCUUGUAAAGGUGACCUAGAUUAUCAGUCAUCGAAAGACAGUAUCAGUGGAUAUUGGUCGAUUCCUGAAGAUAAACUAGCUUUUACACCAGACAUGUAUUACUCUAUUGAAGAGAAAACAUAUGAGAAUAUUUGGAAAACUUUUCGUGAUUAUGAAUACAAUCAUAAUCACCAGGAGGCUCGAAUCACUGGACUACUUCUGAGCUCUGGGAGAGAGUAUAGAAUUGCUGUUAAGCUUUGUGCCAAGCAAUUCUGUCAUUUACCAACUCACAGCAAUGGGAUAACAAUUCUGUCUAACUUGCCCGACACGGGAAAAAUUACCAUAAAGCAUGCGAAUUCAACAGGAAAAGAUGACAAAGAGAAGCUUGAAAUAACAAUGGACAAGUUUUUCGAUCCUGAUAUUCUUAGUCCAACGAAAAAGUAUGCUGUGAUUGAUAAAUAUGAAUGGGCCAUAUUGGAUCAAUCUCAAAUAGGAAGCUUACAUACUAAGUGGACUAAACUCAAGAAUUUUACUACCGAAAACAAGGAAAAGAUAUCAUUUAUGAUUGAACUUGUUGGCGAGUUUGACUUUUCCAAAUGUCGCAGAUUCGCUGUUCGUGGAUACAAUAAAGCUAUGCUUUAUUCCACAGUAUCAGUGGAUAUCAAGGAUUGUGAGGCAUUUGAUCCUAUUCUGAUUCGACCUAGAACUGUAAUUGAUGCUGUAGGUAGAUCUGAUCUAUCAAGAGAUGGAUACGGAGAACCGAUAAGUUUACUAACCAAUGAUAGAUGGCCGUUUCCAGACAAGGACUACACUCCUCAUAUGAACUAUAUAUCAGCUGUUUGGCCACAGCUCCGGUACAAAUCGUAUACGGUUGCCGUUCUCAACGCAAGAACAGUAGAUUCCACAACAUAUUAUCUGCCCUCAAGUUCAUUGUCUCUGCCAGACCCCUGCAGCCAUCCCGAUUCUAUCCAAUGUGACGCAACAGAACGCGAAUUCAUCAAUUUUAAAUUUAAGGAAGGGGAGCUUGAACAUGGACAAAGGUACAUGGUGUGCAUACAUGCAGCAUAUACUGAGAUAAAAUACGAGAAAUGGACGCAAGUCUUACCAGAAAUGAAUGAAUGUAGUAAUGGAAUUGUGGUGGAUCUAACACCUCCGGUACCUGGAAAGGUUUGGAUUGGGAAUGAAGGUGCACACUAUCAGACAUCUACAACAGACAUGUUUGUGACUUGGGAAUCUUUUAGAGAUGUUGAAGAAUUUAAAACUGGGUCUCAUAUUUCUGGAGUUCAAAAGUACCAGCUAGGCAUUGGCACGUUUGCAGGAGGAAAUGACGUAGUCGCUUUCUUUGAUGUCGGUGUAGUAAAUCACAAAAACAUGCAUGGAUUAACGUUACACAGUGGUUACAAUUAUUAUGCAACUAUCAUGGCAACCGAUUUUGCUAAUAGAACGACAGUUGAAUCGUCUUUACCAGUGAGAGUAGACACAAGUCCACCAGUUAAAUCUAACAGUCCUAUAACUUUGUCUGGACGUCAUAUUUAUUCUAGAACAGAAAUUGAGGCCUGUUGGAAUAAUGUCUUCAGUGACCCAGAGAGUGGCAUAGAUUUUUUCAUGUGGGCUAUAGGUUCAGAACCUGGUCAUUUCGAUGUAAUGUAUUUCACUAGAGUGGAUAGUGAAUGUGGAAUGAACAACAAAAGCCAACCUUUAAACAUUACAGAAGGACAUGCUUAUUUCAUUUCAGUAAAAGCUUUCAAUAAGGCCAAAUUGAUGUCAGUGGCGACUUCCUGGGCGUACACUGUUGAUUUAUCACCUCCUAUCAAGGGACACGUUUUGGACAUUUCUCCAACAGGAAGUAGUAAAAUGGAUAUAGAUUUCCAGACUGAUACGUCCAUAUUAAAAGUAUAUUGGGAAGGAUUCUACGAACCUCACUCUUCAAUAAAAGAAUAUUUCAUCAAUGUUGGAACAUGCCCGUACUGUGAUGAUGUAAUUGGCUACCAAAGCGUUGGACUUAUCAAUGAGCUAGCAGUUGACUUUGUCCAUUUUGGACCUGGAUUAACUUACUACACUACGGUAACUGCAUGUAAUACGGCUGAUUUUUGCACUACGUCUGUUUCCGAUGGUGUCAUAAUGGACAACAGUCCGCCAAACGCAGGAAAUGUAAUAGAUGGGACUUCUUCCACUGACAUCGAGUACCAAUCAAUCAAAAAUUGGAUAGGGUUAAAUUGGUUUGGUUUCACUGACCCUCAGUCAGGACUGUCCCAUUAUGUUUGGUGGGCAGGUACCACACCUGGGGGUAAAGAGAUCCUACUUGAAAGAGAGGUCCACCUGACUCAAAUAGCGACAGCUUACAAUAUAACGCCACAUCUUCCAGUCGGUCAACGAGUGUAUGUUACUGUGAGAGCUUACAACAAAGCAGGUCAGUUUGCAGACGCGACAUCAAAUGGAUUUCUUAUUGAUGACACUCCACCAGUUAUAGUACAUGGUCCAAGAUUUUCAGAGGAUUUUGGAAUACACGGAAACACGCAGUUUUACAGGGGGUCUAUGAAAGUUGAGUGGGACGUAAAAGAUGAUGAGUCGUACAUUGAUAGGCAGUAUAUUUCAAUUAAAUGUCAUAUAGGUGGCGAUUUCCAAACAUCCUCAAUACAGGUCAAUGGCAUUGUAAGAGAUUAUAUCUUUACUGGAUUAUCACUGCAUGAUGGAGUAACGUAUUUUGUAACGCUGAUUACGUGUAAUGGAGCUGCGUUAUGCAUGUCGAGCACCUCUAAGGGGAUGUUGGUAGAUACUACUAAGCCAAAUCGAGGAAUGUUUGCUAUUCAUACCGAUCAUGCUGCAGAACUCAGCCGUCAUGUCUCAGGAUUUAUGACAUGGACGAAAUACAGAGUGAACCUUGCGUGGCUUGGUUUUGGAGAUGCCCAUUCGGACGUUUCUCAUUAUUUCGUCAAUAUUGGUUCAGCUUACAUGGGCGCAGAUUUAAAUACAGAACCGGGAAAAGCAAUUCAAGUAAAUCACACAACAACUGGUGCUGAUAGAUAUGACGAGGGCAAAGUUCAAACUUACAGCAUCAGAACUCAAAAACUUUCGGACCAUGAUUUUCUCUUUAUAAGUGUGUGGGCUGUGAAUAAGGUUGGGCUAUCAAGUUACAUCAUUCAUUCCAAGUUCAGAAUGAUUCAUAGUGGGGGGAUUCUCUCGCUGGUCAGGCGCUGUGAUGCUUAUGACUGUGAGGGAAACUGUGUGUGUGCUCCACAAGACAGAGUCUGUUUCACCAAUGAUACCAGUUGUAUUGAUGUCUCAGUAGGGAAUCCAAACAACCUGCUGCAAGUUAAUGAUGUUAUGUAUGGAAGUGAAGAUAUUGCAUAUACACCAACAAACACAAUUCUGCAAGGUCGAUGGUCAAUCAUUCAAAGGCAGGGAAAUUCUCCCCUUUGGUAUCAGUGGAGUGUUAGUAUCACAGAUAGUGACGAACCUUCCGGAAUUUUUAAUUUAGAAAAGGACAGAGUUUGGCACGAUGCUGGACAAAACAAUUUCAUCAUAUUUUCCACAGACAAAGGUCAAUUUCUAAAUGAAGGGGUGUCGUAUUCAGUUUUCGUUAAAGCAUGGUAUGGCCAAAACAGUUAUGCGAUAUUUAAAUCUGAUGGGGUGAUAAUCUCAACCCAAAAGCCAUCUGUGAUGAAUAUUCUUGGAUCUUCUGUUAGCGAAAAAAUGAUGGAAAGUGGUAUGAGAGACCAGGAUUAUGUUAAGGAAGGAGCAGCUUUUAUGGUGAAUUGGACCAAUAAAUUUACUGAUGCAAAGGAUACUAUUAAAUCAUAUCAUAUAUACAUCAGUACACAGCCAGGCGGACAUGACAUCUGGGACAGUAAUGAGAAUUUACAGAAUACAGUAACAACAUACCGUAUUCUUAGACUUUUGCUCUCUCCCGGAGUUCAGUACUAUAGUAACGUCAUUGCGUAUGGGUUUUCUGGAAUUCACCACACAGAAUCCUCCGAUGGGUUUCGAACUGAUGAUGUCAAACCACGAGCUGGCAUAGUAUACGAUGGCAUUGGUUUGCAUGACCUUGAAUAUCAGAAUACAUCAAAUGUGAUUGGUGCUCGAUGGCACGGAUUUUCAGAUACAGGAUCUGGAAUAAUGCUUUAUUACUGGUGUGUCGGUAACACUUCCAGUGUGCAUACGUCAUCAGCAAAUACGGAGUGCAACGUUCGCCAAUGGGAAAAUGUUGGUAUUCAUACAUCCGUAUCAACAAAACUGACAAAUGAACUUACACAAGGUGCAACUUACUAUAGCAAAGUAUACGCAGUGGAUACCGUUGGGUAUGAAUCUAAAAUCGUUGUUUCUGAUGGUGUAAAAAUCGACACCACCCCACCGGAACCUCGGUACCUUUAUCACACAGAAGAAAAUCUACUGAUAAAUCCUUCGUUUGAGUCAUCGAAGAAGUUUUUGACAUUUGAAAAUCUAAAUAUCAGUAACCUCUGUUCUUUAGAUCCGGACUUUCUACCUGAUCAUUGGCAUGCAAAUCAUGGAAGCUGUGCUUCUGUAGUAAAGUCGCAAAAACAUUUAGCCAGAGAUGGCAAAGCUUUUCUAUUUUUGAGGGGAAGUUUAAAGCAAGAGGUCCAAAAUUUGAAAGUUGGGGAGUUAUAUCGUGUCGUUUUCUUCACAAGCCACGUGUCACUAGACACAGCAAUGGUUUCCAACAAAGAAAGUUUUGUUUACGUUGGUAAAAACAGGCAUCUUUUUAUGUUAUACACAAAGCCAUAUAGGCACGAUGGACAUGGUGAAGCUAUUUCUCGCGAGACUUUAUCAUGGCACAGACAUACGUUUUAUUUUAUAGCUUCAAAUAUUUCAGCUUAUUUAGAAAUCGGAAGUACAGAUGCCAAGACAGGUCUCUUUAUAGAUCAUCUAACCUUGCAGCGAGUAGAAAGGGACAAAAAGGAUGGCAAUGAAUCGCAUGUGACUGCUCACAUCGUUUAUAUACAUCAGUGGGGUUCUAUACACGCGGAAUGGAGCUUUAUUGAAGAUUCCAGUCCUAUCACAGAGUACAAAUGGGCAAUAGGAUAUACGAAAGGUGGGAUACAGCUUCAAAACUUCAAAAGUACUGGACUGAACAAUUUCGGAAUCAACACGAAUGUGACUUUAAUCCAUAACACAAUCAUACAUAUAACAGCGGUGGCGUCUAAUAUGGCUGGACUUGAUGGGAUAUCCUACUCCGCGCCAGUAAUUGUUGACCUAACCCCUCCAGAGAUUAUCCAUGUUUAUGAUGGCCGAUUAAUAAGCGAGGAUAAAGACGCAUGGAUAGACAAUGAAGUAGCUGUCAACUUUGUGGCAAUGGACGCUGAGUCAGGAAUAGAAUUUUGCGAAUGGGGUAUAGGUUACCAGCCUCAGGGAAUAGAGUUGCAGACAUUUGAGAAAGUACCAGUUUCAGAAAACGUUAUAUUCAAGGUCUUUGACUAUAUUCUUUUGGAAAAUCGAACUGUAUAUUCUACAAUUAAGUGUCAAAAUCGUGCAGGCUUAAUAACUUCUAAAUCCUCCGAUGGAGUGACAAUUUCCACCCUAUCCCCAUCAGUAGGCCAUUCUGAAGUUGUAGUUAUGCCUUUAUCUGUCACGGAGUACCAAGCUGGAGAACAUUAUCAAAGUGUCAGAGACAAUGUGCGAAUAAAAUGGUCUGGAUUUACAGAUUCCAUUGGAAUCGAGCAAUAUAAGAUCAUGUUUUCGGAUCAAAAUUUGAAAUUGAUUGAAAGGAUGUCAUUUCCAAUUGGCCAAGACGUUCAGAGUGCAGUGAUAUUGAACUUAGCUAUGGAUCAGGGACUUAAAAGUAUUUCAAUACAAGCCAUUAAUAAACUUCUUCUUGCCAGUAGUAAAGUACCCUACAACAUCACAGUACUCGAAGACAAACCACGAAAGUCUGGAAAUCAACUUUCAGUGUCCUGGCACGAAGGAAACAAAGAAUUUUCUGUUACAUGGAACAACGUGUUUAAUUCUGAGCAUCCUCUUUAUUAUGAAAUUUGCGCUGGAACUGUUGAUAGUGGAAGUAACAUUCUUCAGUGGCAGGAGACCACAAAGACUAGCAUCAAAUUUGGCUUACCGCCAACAAUCAGCAGCUGGUCAAGGUUGUCUGUUCAUCUGUAUGUGAGGGCUAUCAGUGUGGCAGGAAUAUAUGAAGAUAUCAAAGGAGAAAUAAUUCUUCCGGAAUGAAUUGUUCUGCCAGCCUUGUUUGCACGUUUGUAACAUAGUGUCAUUCCACAAAGACCUCGGUUCACUUUAUGCAUAAAAUGGCCCUGUAGAUAUACCAAUUGAUUGAUUAACACUUGAUUUUCAAUUUGAAGCAUUAAAGUAAAAUAGAGUCUUUAUGCUUUCAUUUACUAUAAAAAAAAAUUCUCCUAAAAGUCCAGGUCUUGGAGAACUGGCUUUAUGAAAUUACAAUGUUCUUGAAUUUAAAGGUAAACAUGUAUAAUUGAGUACUUUCAGAGAAGAAAAUAAUAUCAGCGCACUCUCUGAUCUAAAAACUAAAACAUGUCUUUUAAUCCCCAGAAAUAGCUCUAUCAUUUAGUAGUUGCACAUUUUAGAUCAGAGGUUGCACUCCAUAUUAAAUAUUGAAAAAUAGCUUUAAAAAUUGGUCGUUUUUUAUAGACUUUUUCCGAAUAUUAGGAAAUUGACGCAUUUCGCGACGUCAAUAAUGCAUUGA